UGGAGGGGGCCACAAGACAACCAAAUGCGACCAGUGUGAGAAAACAAAGGGACCAACAACAGAAGUAUAAAGGGAGAAAACGAAGCGUGAAUUAAGAAGACAGUGAAAUGAAAAGUUCACGUCCUUUUUCAUUGGCACAGGACGUACAGUGUGAACUGGAUAUGAAUCUGCUUUGCUGGGGCAGUGGGGAGCUUGGCCAAACCGGACAUGGCAGACCAGGAGACAUCGGUCCAGAGGAGGCCCAUCUGACAGAGUUCACAAGGGUUCAGCUGGGCUGGGUGAAACUGCUGGCGUGUGGAUCCAGUCACUCUAUUGUGAUUACAGGAGGCAACAAGAUCUUUGCAUGGGGAAAUGGCACCAGUGGACAGCUGGGUGACGGAGAAAGGUCCGUAAAGAACAAGCCGGUCGAGGUGAAGUUGCCACAGGAGCUGAGCGUCGAAGGAAGCGAUGCAGAUGUGGCUGACGUCAAUAUCGUCGGCGUGGCCUGUGGAAGCAGACACUCCUUCAUAUGGACCGACACUGGACAGGCCUACAGCUUUGGGAACAACUUUUACGCCCAGCUUGGCUAUGACUUCCAGAGGGCUGACUUCAAAGAGCACCAGCUGGCGCCGCGAUUGUUCCAGAAUCUUCCAUCCUCUCUGAAAAUAUCUCAAGUGGCCUGCGGAGAGCGACACACUCUGUUUGCGUUGGAGGACGGCCGUGUGGCGGCAUGUGGGCAGAAUGAUUAUGGACAAAUUGGCAGUGGUUCUAAUGAAAAUGCGGUCGUGCCACGCUUUGUGGAGGGUGUGGACCACGUGUCGAAGGUCACCUGUGGGGCAAACCAUAGUCUUGCACUGACAGGUGACGGCAGGUUGUUUCAGUGGGGCUGUGGGCGAUCAUGUGGGAACUUAAAGAGAAACAUCCCGUUCCCAGAGGAAGUGAUGCGACCAAGCUGGCCAGUGAGAGACAUCGCCGGAGGAUGUUGGCAUAGCCUGCUUCUAACAGAUGGUGGGAAUGUCUUCUCCUGGGGGAUGGGGCAAGAGGGACAGCUUGGACUUGGGGAAGACAGCAUUCAUAGCUCCACUCCUCGUCUUCUCAGCUAUUCUCAGCUAACUGAGGUCACACGGAUACAAGCAGGGGACAGCUACAGUGCAGCCGUCACAGCAGGUGGAGAGCUGUUUCUCUGGGGUCAGAUCCCCUGUGUGUCCCGGGUCAGUGAGCAUCCAGGCCUCAAAAGGCUCUGGACCCCGCAGCCUGUUCCACUGGCAAGCGGAAAGGUGCGUGAUGUCGCCUGUGGUACCUGGCAUAUAAUGGCCCUCUCCACAAGGAGCAGAGAGGAGAACAGAGAAUGUGCUCACCCAGAAACCGAAGCUCCCUUCAGCGACCAUGUCAGCAAUCCCCUACCGACAGAGAGAGAAAACACAGUGCAAGACUUUGUGCGGGUUCAACACAAGCUGCUUCAAGGUCCGGGGAGACCAGAAAGCCCUGAGGAGCAUGGGAAAGAUGACAAAAGUGAGAGCGCAGUGGAAGAAGAAAGACCAAACAAAGAUGAGGGAGAUGGAGCGUUGCCCGAUUCAGCACCUGCCGUCGCCAGGUCCGCAAUGGGCUUGAGCAGGAGAGGAAAUGGCCACUCAUCAAUCAAAUCCGAUGAGGGCCAUGUGAGGGAGGGUUGCAAGACAGGAAGGCCAUGGGAGCUGAGGAAAGAACCAUGCAGAAGCAGAGGAAGCAGAGACGUAGUCUUCACUACUUUGCAUCUUUUACCUAGGUUAGAAGGAGAGUCUUGUAGGCCUUCUUCCAGCACUUUACCCCGGCUACUGACCGGGCAACAAGUUUCAGCUGUGGCUCGAAAGGAGAGAUCUAUACAUCUGACUGAAUUGGUCCAAAAAUCCAGAAGCAACAACAGGAAUCCCAUUCUCAGACCCAAACCCACACCCCCUGGCAGAUGUGUAAUCCCUGAGGCUCAGAGGGUGGCCUCUUGUCAUCGUUCAAGAACUGGACUGCACACUGGCCCCAAGUCUCCAAUUUACAGUUCUUCUCCCUGUCUGAGCCCUGGGCAACAAGUUCAGAUGUCCCCUCCUUCCUUCUAUCUGGGACCACAAGUCAGAACUUCUCUUUCUCCAACUCCUUCAUCUUCUGAACCCUUCAGGUACUGCCCUACACAUAGAGGACUGGUCUCUCCCUUCGGCACUUCUCAGAAGAAUCAAUAAGAAUCUGCAGAUCCAGUUUGGUCCAUCAGUAAAGCUAGAAAUGAAUCAGAUUUAUCUGAUGUUUUGAUAUUUAAAACUUGUAUAUUUAGCCUUUUGUGUCCGGUUAUAUAAACUAUUUGACAUCAGAAUAUGUUCAUUGUAUCCAUAAAGUCAUCAGCAGUAAUAAGUAUUUUCACCCGAUAGUCCCCAAAAAUGACUCACCAUGGUGAGAGAAUGUGAACUCCAUUAUCUGCUUAGUAAUGUUUUUUCUGGAGACCACAUGUAAAGUUAAAUACUUUUGGCUCUAAAGCGACUGGCAAACAGCCUCUUUUGCUCCGUAAGAGCUCUCCAAAACAGACUUCAGAUCAGCAUUAAUGGCCUUCACUUUACCCCCACACUGUGAUUUGGCAAAUAUACUCCUCUUACGCACCAUCUCAGUCAACGAAUCUCGUGAACUUUGACCUCAUCUGAAAGCAUUAGACUUUGGUCUUACAGUCAAAGCCGUGUGCAGGGACUGCGGAGUCCUUGAAUCACCACGUUUCAACAGAACUUGAGAGGGUUGAGGUUUUUUUUUACUGUACGUACCACUGAGCCGCAUUCAUUUUAAUACUUGCAGUAUGUUAUUUAUUAAAGACAAAACGCCCUCUCAGAUCUUGGCCUCUUGUAAGACAUUUCACGGUAGAGUGUUUUCAUGGCUGCCUGUCUCUGCAGUAUGAGUCACACAUGCAUGCUGCUAUGGCUCCUUUUGUGUGAGAAAAUACUACAUGAUGAGGUUUCUCAAAUUAAGUAGGAUCAUAACAGGAAAUCGAGCUUCCUUUGAGCCUGUUUUGCUUUGUCUUUGCUCUGUUUUGUUUCUUAGAGAGAGGUCCUUCAUCAGCCUUGUACUGUAUACAAACUGAUUUUCUGCCACAGUGUGGAUGAUUGGUAAUUCCUCACAGGAUUUCAAUAUAAAUCGAACAUGUAAUGUUUUUUUUUUGUUGAAUUAACCAAAAUUAACACACAUAACAUGACUAAAAUGUAGUCAAAUAAAAGUAAAAGUCUUUCUUAAUAAUAUUAAUAUUUAUUAUUAAGACCUCUAGUGAAAGUA